GGCAGUGUCGCGCCGUGCCCGGACGGAGGAGGUCACCGAGCGGCGGCGGCGGCGCCGCGGCUCCGGCUCUGGCUCCGGCUCCAGCUCCAGCAUGUGGCGGGUGUUGGCACGACGCGUAGCCCGGGGGGCGGCGGGAGCUCCUGCUCCGGUGCGGAGCUGCCGAGCGUUCAGCGCCGCUAGGGCCGGCCGCGGAGCGGCGGGGGGUGUCGGGGCUGUGCCGUUGGGCCGCGGCCCGGCGUGGAACGGCCCCGUGCCACGGCCUGGCGGGCUCCUGCAGCCUGCUGCCUGGCCCCGGCUCGUCCCGUGCCGCUGCUGCAGUCUCCCCGCACACCAGAAGGUGGCCUUGCCAGCUCUGUCUCCCACAAUGCAGAUGGGCACCAUUGCACGCUGGGAGAAGAAGGAGGGUGACAAGAUCAAUGAAGGGGAUCUCAUAGCAGAGGUGGAGACAGACAAAGCAACGGUUGGCUUUGAGAGCCUGGAGGAGUGCUACUUGGCCAAGAUUCUGGUGCCAGAAGGAACAAGAGAUGUUCCUAUUGGGGCCAUAAUAUGUAUCACAGUAGAAAAGCCUGAAUAUGUUGAUGCCUUUAAAAGUUAUACUCUGGAUUCUGCAGCAUCUGCCCCCCCCGCAGCUUCAGUGCCUCCCCCUCCAGCUGCAGCUCCCUCACCACCAACUCAGCCUUCUGCUCAGGCUCCUGGCAGUUCUUAUCCUCCUCAUAUGCAGAUCACUCUCCCUGCCCUGUCACCUACCAUGACAAUGGGCACAGUGCAGAGAUGGGAGAAGAAGGUUGGAGAGAAACUGAAUGAGGGAGACUUACUGGCAGAAAUUGAGACAGAUAAAGCCACAAUAGGCUUUGAAGUGCAGGAGGAAGGCUAUUUGGCAAAAAUCUUGGUACCUGAAGGAACAAGAGAUGUGCCCUUAGGAACAGCUCUCUGCAUCAUUGUGGAGAAAGAAUCUGAUAUUCCAGCCUUUGCUGACUACCAAGCCACUGCAGUAACUGACAUGAAGCCACAAGCUCCUCCUCCUCCACCACCAGUGACGGCAACUCCUGCUGCUGCUCCUCCUCCCCAGCCUGCUGUUCCUCCCAGUCCAGCUGUCGCCACAGCUGGGCCUCCUCCCCCAAAAGGAAGGGUUCUGGUUAGUCCCCUGGCAAAGAAAAUGGCAGCAGAAAAAGGAAUUGACCUUGCCCAAGUGAAAGGUACUGGACCAGAUGGCAGAAUCACAAAGAAAGAUGUAGAGUCAUUUGUGCCACCAAAGGUUGCUCCAGCUCCAGCACUAGAGGCAGUUCCUUCAGCUGCUGCAGUUGCAGCAGCACCAGUGGGGACCUUCACAGACAUCCCUAUCAGCAACAUUCGGAAGGUCAUCGCUCAGCGGUUGUUACAGUCUAAACAAACAAUACCUCACUACUACCUUUCCAUUGAUGUAAACAUGGGAGACGUACUGGUGCUAAGGAAAGAACUCAAUCAGGAGGUCUCAGAUAACAUUAAGCUUUCUGUCAAUGACUUCAUAAUUAAAGCUGCUGCUCUGGCGUGCUUGAAGGUGCCUGAGGCAAAUUCUUCGUGGAUGGACACAGUUAUUAGGCAAAAUCACGUAGUGGAUGUUAGCGUUGCAGUUAGUACUCCUGCAGGGCUUAUCACCCCUAUUGUGUUUAAUGCACAUAUAAAGGGCCUGGCUUCCAUUAGUAAGGACGUGGUUUCUUUGGCGACUAAAGCCCGAGAAGGUAAACUUCAGCCUCAUGAAUUCCAGGGUGGUACUUUCACAAUUUCCAAUUUAGGAAUGUAUGGGAUUAAGAAUUUCUCUGCCAUAAUCAAUCCACCUCAGGCCUGCAUCCUUGCGGUUGGUUCCUCAGAGAAAAGGCUGGUGCCAGCUGAUAAUGAGAAAGGAUUUGACGUGGCCAGCGUGAUGUCCGUGACGCUCAGCUGUGACCAUCGCGUUGUCGAUGGUGCAGUCGGUGCACAGUGGCUUGCUGAAUUCAAGAAAUUCCUUGAAAAACCAGUAACUAUGCUGCUAUAAUUUAACCAUGCAAGUAAAAUUUUCCUGGGUCACACUGUUUUGUUUUAAACAAGCUAUUUAGACUUCAGUGUUCAGACUUGUUCAAAGAGUUCCUUUUUUAUUUUAAAUCUGUAUUAUAAUAUCUGGUAAUGUUAUUACCAGUCUGUACAGAAAAAGUUUGCAAAAGUGCUUUUCAGAGCAAUAUUACAGCUAUACUGUAUUUUUAUACAGUUAGUUAACUUGCAAACUCUUCCAAAUCAUCAUUAGGCAUCCCAGAUUUAAAAAUGAUCCACACAGUACUGGCAAUAAUGCUGUUACUGCCAUCUACUUGUAAACUGGGGUGAACGGGGGGGUGCACAGCGAGCAAUCUCAUGACCUUAGCGUUCUCAGAAAUUUGAGUUAGAAACAUCUCUUCACGAGAGCUCUGAUGAGAUGGUAACUGAAACACACAAGUUAGCAGAAGGUGAAUUCCCUUUUUACCCUGUUCUCCUGCUGGGGCGGGCAAGUGUUACAGAUGCACUGAGGGACUGAAGUGCCUGGGAAUCGUUUCUCAAAGGCCAAGUGCCAGCAUUCCACAUCUCUCUUGGAAUUUGGCACUGCUCUGGACCUUCUCAGCUAUGUGAUCCCUUUUGAGCACUUUAAGGUGAAAGAGCACUGGUAACUGUGGGGUCACAGCUCUCAGAUACCACGGGGAAUGUGCUGUCUUCUCGUUGACUUUUCGCUUCCAUGUGCUUUUUGUAUGAGAACUCUAAUGAAAACUCUUUAAUUUUUGUAUGAAAACUCUUUAAUUGCUAUUCCUCUUGCUAAGUUAAUAUCAGACUAUAAUGCCACGGGAGUAACUGCUUUGCAGAAUGUUCAGGAGAAUCUGCAUGUUGGAACCCAGUAUAGGCAAGUCACACGUCCUAAUAAUCCCAUCAGAGGAUAUUAAUCAUGUGGUGGCUCGAGUGUUGGGAAUACUUCAGGCAUUCUAACAUAGGAAGCUCUGAGUGAAUCACUGGUACCGUGGUUCUUCCCUGAAUCAUCUGUGUUGUUCCAGCCUCAGUAAGCUGCAGAAUCCAUGUCUAUGUUCUACGUGAAAUGCUUUAAUAGUUUGUUGGACUUGUGUCCAGUUACCCCAGUCUUUGUGUCCUGGAAGGGGUGCAGUGCUGAACAUUCUGAAAUUCCACUUUUCACAUGGACAUGUUGAUGUAAAAAGGAUGACUGUAUAGUAAUUACAAAGUGACCGGGAGAAUUGAGGGGGGAGAAGUUUGAAAAAAAAGAGAAAUUGAAAGCCGAUGUGCUAUUCUGUAUAUUGCAUUGAGUACCGUCUCCUGUAAAGUUCUACAAAAUUCACUAAAGAUAUUGAAAGAAAAUACUGUGGAAAUUAAAUAUUUUUGUGGGAACUAUUUACUGUCUGGUUGCUGUGAUACCUGGUUUUCAUGCCUGGCUUAAGCAGAAAAGUUCAUUAAGGUUUUGUUUUUUCUUUAAUGAUCUAAAGUAUCUUGGUUCCAGACUCUAGUGAACCUGUAUUCUAUUAAAUGUUUGGAAUUGACAACUACUAAA